UAUAAAUUACUAUAAAAAAAAUGGAAAUGAAAAAGGCCACGGAUAAAAGAUAAAACAGCAAAGAUAGGAACAUUGAGCAAAGAGAGUGGGAAAGACUGGCAAUUUUUCCUUGUUUUCGUAGGUAAAAACUAAAUCCAAAAGCAAAUCAUCGGUGGACGCUAACCGGACCGGGAACAUGCCACCGGAAGACAACCAGGUUCCACUAUUGUCCGACGAGGAAUCGGACCAAGAUGUAGCGUACGAGUCAGGCGAAAAGGUUCACAUCGUCGGAAUCGACGAACCGGAGGAUGAAGGCUUGUUGGGUACCCCACCUUUUUCUUGGAAAAAGCUAUGGCUUUUCACCGGACCCGGUUUUUUAAUGUCGAUAGCGUUUUUGGAUCCUGGGAAUUUGGAAGGGGAUCUUCAAGCCGGAGCUAUAGCCGGUUACUCUUUGCUGUGGUUGUUGAUGUGGGCUACGGUUAUUGGUUUGUUGGUUCAGUUGUUGUCGGCUAGACUUGGUGUAGCGACGGGGAGACACUUGGCUGAGCUUUGUAGGGAAGAGUAUCCGACUUGGGCUAGGAUGGUUUUGUGGGUAAUGGCGGAGUUGGCUUUAAUUGGAGCUGAUAUACAAGAAGUUAUUGGAAGUGCUAUUGCUAUUAAGAUUUUGAGUAAUGGUGCCAUACCUUUAUGGGCUGGUGUUAUUAUUACAGCUUGUGAUUGUUUCAUCUUCUUGUUCCUGGAAAACUAUGGAGUAAGGAAGCUGGAAGCAUUUUUUGCAGUGCUUAUUGCAACUAUGGCAGUCUCAUUUGCUUGGAUGUUUGGUGAAACAAAGCCCAGUGGCACUGAGCUUCUUCUUGGUGUUUUGAUUCCAAAACUCAGCUCCAAAACAAUCAAACAAGCUGUGGGAGUUGUGGGUUGCAUUAUUAUGCCUCACAAUGUGUUCUUGCACUCUGCUCUUGUCCAAUCACGAGAAAUCGAUCACACGAAGAAAGGCCGAGUUCAAGAAGCUCUCAAUUAUUACUCGAUAGAAUCUGCUGCUGCGCUUUUAAUUUCGUUUAUAAUCAAUCUGUUUGUCACUACUGUCUUUGCCAAGGCAUUUUAUGGCACCGAAGUAGCCAGUACUAUUGGUCUUGUGAAUGCAGGGCAGUAUCUUCAAGACAAAUAUGGAGGCGGGUUGUUCCCGAUUUUAUACAUUUGGGCUAUCGGGUUGUUAGCAGCCGGUCAAAGUAGCACCAUUACCGGCACUUAUGCUGGGCAGUUUAUCAUGGGAGGGUUCUUGAACUUGAAGUUGAAAAAAUGGCUAAGAGCAUUGAUCACCAGGAGUUUUGCUAUUGUUCCUACUAUGAUAGUUGCUCUUGUUUUCGAUACUUCUGAGGCAGCGCUAGAUGUCUUAAAUGAAUGGCUUAAUGUGCUUCAAUCGAUUCAAAUCCCUUUUGCUCUUAUCCCACUACUUUGUUUGGUUUCUAAGGAGCAAAUCAUGGGUACUUUCAAGAUUGGCUCUGUGCUCAAGACAAUUGCAUGGCUCGUGGCUGUACUGGUGAUAGUGAUCAACGGGUACCUUUUAUUUGACUUCUUCUCUAACGAAGUCACUGGCGUAAUGUUCACAAGUAUAGUGUUUGCAUUUACCGGCGCAUAUAUCGCAUUUAUUUUCUACCUUGUUUCUUGGGGUUUUGCUUCAUCCGCUUGGCGCCGCUUGUCACCCUCGAAAUAGGCAGGGAAUCCAGUGAUCAAUCUUACCCUUCUCAAGCCACGAGAUCAGCCUAUCGAGUUAGGAUCAAUCAAACUUCGCUUUCAUAGAUGAAUUUCUCCAGUUAAAAGCGUAUGUUCCUUUUUGGAAAUGCAUACUCAUAUAGGGACUUUUAUGUACAAAGUUCAGUUUAGUAAGCUUUGCAUUUUUCUGGAGUAUUCUUAAAAAAAAAUGCUUGUAGGUUCCAUGUUAUGGUGUUAAAGAAUGUACUGAUCAUAUCCUGCUCAAUGCUAUAACACUAAACAUUCAUUUGAAAAUAUUUGAAAGUACCAAAACUAUGUAACUCUUUUUAUUAUUAUAAAUAAUGCAGCCAUAAUUUUGGUUCAA